AUGUGGGACCUGGAGAAGGUGACUCUCUGCCUGUCUCUCCUGCUGGCAGUGGCUGUGGCACAAGAUUCCAUCUGGAAGAGCUCAAACCUGGCAAAACGGAACCAGAACGGGAGGAUCAGAAAGCAAGCCUAUAACACGCUCCUCGAGCCACAAACUACGGGGGUGACCGAAUGGACGUCCUGGUUCAACAUUGACCAUCCGGGAGGCAACGGGGACUACGAGCGCCUCGAGGCAAUCCGCUUCUACUACCGCGAGCGAGUGUGCGCGCGGCCCACAGCCAUGGAGGCGCGAACCACUGACUGGGUCCCAGCUGCCGACACCGGGGAGGUGGUGCACUCAAGCCUGGAAAAGGGCUUCUGGUGCAUCAACAAGGAGCAGCCAUACGGACGACUCUGCUCCAACUACCACGUACGCUUCCAGUGCCCGCCAGUGCACACCUACUGGUCAGAGUGGUCAGCGUGGAGCCCCUGCUCGGCCACGGCCUGCGACGAUGCGGGCAUCCAGGUGAGACAGCGGCGGUGCAAGAGCACACAGCCCCAGCACCACCUGUUGGCCCCCGCGUGCGAGGGCCCGCACACCGACAGGAAGGAGUGUUCCACUCGUCCUUGCCAAGCCAAUUGGAGUCCCUGGGGUCCCUGGGGGGCCUGCUCUGUGACCUGUGGUGGUGGCCGCAGACUUAGGAGAAGGAGGUGCAACAGGUCGUCUAACAAGGUGCAAUGUGCGGGACGCCCCGUCGAGAUGCAAAAGUGUGGCAAAGUGCAGUGUCCAGCACCUUGCCAACGUUUGUGCCCAGAGGGGCGCCCCAGCAAAGACUGCAGUCGCUGUGUGUGUGAGGGACACAUGCUGUAUGGUGAGGUCCUCAGCCUGACGGGUGUGCCGGUGGUUGGGGCUCGAGUUACCCUGGCCCAUAAACCCAAACUCAUUCGCACGCGUACGGACAACAAGGGCCGAUUCAGGCUACCUGGGAUCUGCUCCAGCGAUGAGACCCCUGUCACCAUCAGCAAGGAGAAGUUUGCCACCCUCACCAUUUCCUCUGUCAGCAACAGCACUGGGACAUCCUGGGUGAAGGCUGUGCUGAGGUCCUCAGAGAAACCGUACGUAGUGAAGCAUCCAGAGGACAAAGUACGGUAUGAGGGGCAACGUGUGACAUUCUGUUGCAAAGCCACAGGGACGCCUAUUCCAAAUAAAUAUUACUGGUACCACAAUGGAACAUUGUUAGAUCGAAAUGUGUACAAAUAUGAAGAGGACCUGACUUUGAGGAAUCUCAAACCAGAGCAGACAGGAGAGUAUCACUGCAAAGCCAGCAGUGAUACAGGCAGCAUUAAGUCUUCUCGAGCCUUUCUUACUGUGCUUCCUAAAGGCACACCAGCCUGCAUUUCUACACCUGAGAAAUACUUGAUAAAACUUCCAGAGGACUGUGUUCAGCCAGGAACAACCUCUAAGUUCUAUAAUGCUGGCCGAUGUCCCCAUAGCAAGUGUGCAGGGUCACUGGACUUCGACCUGCGCUGCAGGGAUGGUACUGCCUUCUGCUGUGGAGUGAAACAUAUGGAGACCCAGGCAAUUGACUGUGGCAGCUAUAGUCUUCCCAUUCGCACUGUGACUGAGUGUGGCUGCCAGAAGUGCAUGGAACCCAAGAUUCUGGUGCGGGGUCGGGUUGUUGCCGCAGACAACGGUGAGCCCCUACGCUUCGGACACAUCUACCUUGGGAAAGAAAGGGUGGGUACCACCGGAUACCAAGGAAGCUUCACACUUCAGGUGUCCCCUGAUACUGAAAGACUUGUUGUAAAUUUUGUGGACAGCUUGCAGAAGUUCAUUGACACUGUCAAGGUGUUCGUAUUUGACAAAAAGGGUGGCGCUGUCUACCAUGAUGUGAAAGUGAUGCGGAAGCAGCAACCUGUUGAUAUCAACUCCACAGAACUGAACACCAUCUACCUUGGUGAAAUUGAAGGUGAGGAUCCCAUUGGUCAAAUAGUCAUACCCCCCAAUUCCUUUCAUAAAAGCACUGGGGAGGUUUAUGAGGGCAUGGUAAAAGCCAGCGUGACAUUUCUAGAUCCAAGAAACAUCACUACCGCUGCUGCCACUCCUGGAGACCUUAACUUUGUUGAUAAUGAAGGCGAAAUGCUUCCUCUGAGGACCUAUGGAAUGUUUUCUGUAGACUUCAGAGAUGAAACUAACCGAGAGGUUCUUGGGACUGGGGCAGUCCAAGUAAUGCUGGACACUCAGCACGUCAAAAUGCCGGAGCACAUCCCCAAGAUGAAGUUGUGGUCCCUCAACCCAGACACGGGCAUCUGGGAGGAAGAAAGUGACUUUGACCACACUCAGGCUACCGAUGGUGGAAACGGAAGGAGCAAGCGGGAAGAACGCACUUUCCUUAUUGGCAACAUGGAAAUACGGGAGCGUAGACUUUUUAACUUAGAUGUACCUGAGGAUCGUCGCUGUUAUGUCAAAGUGCGGGCAUAUAUGAGCGAAAAGUUCUUACCAACAGAGCAACUUGAAGGAGUGGUUAUCAAUCUCAUCAACUUGGAGCCCAAACCUGGUUACACAUCAAACCCUCGUGCAUGGGGACGCUUUGACAGUGUAAUAACUGGGCCCAACGGAGCUUGUUUACCAGCUUUCUGUGAUGCCCAAAGGCCUGAUGCUUACACUGCUUAUGUGACAGCGCUGAUGGGUGGUGAAGAACUAGAGGCUGCUCCCUCCACUCCUAAAAUGAAUCCUAACAUCAUUGGGGUGUCACAGCCAUAUCUUGACAAGAUAGAUUACCAGCGCUCAGACCAUGACGAUCCAGCUCUCAAGAAAACGGCCUUCAAAAUCAACUUAGCCAAGCCUAAUCCAAAUAAUUUUGAUGAAACUAACGGGCCAAUAUAUCCUUAUCAGAGUUUAAUAGCUUGUGAGAAUGCACCAGCUGAUGCUAAUCACUUCCGCUUUUUCCGUGUGGAAAAGGACAAGUACGAGUACAAUGUAGUACCCUUCCAGGAAAGUGAUCUGACCUCUUGGACUGGUGACUAUCUCUCAUGGUGGCCAAACCCUCAGGAGUUUCGUGCAUGCUACAUCAAGGUCAAGAUCAAUGGGCCUACAGAGGUUAUGGUAAGGUCAAGGAAUUUUGGAGGCACUCAUCCCGCAACUAGAGGGCAACUCUAUGGCAUCAGGGAUAUCCGUAGCACACGAGACAUGUACUCACCCAACACUUCUGCUGCCUGUCUGGAGUUUAAGUGCAGUGGGAUGCUUUAUGACCAAGACAUUGUGGACAGGUCUCUCAUUGCAGUCAUCCCACAGGGCAAUUGCCGGCGAGUGGGAAUUAAUAGCCUCCUCCAAGAGUACCUGACUAAGCACCCUCCUUUGCUGCAAAACAAUGAGACCCAUGUCUUCAAAAUGUUGGCACCAGUUGACCCCUUGGGUCACAACUAUGGUAUUUACACAGUCACGGACCAGAAUCCCCGGAUAGCCAAGGAGAUUGCAAUUGGCCGUUGCUUUGAUGGCACCUCAGAUGGCUUCUCCAGAGAGAUGAAGUCUGAUUCUGGGUUGGCUUUGACUUUCAGCUGUCCUGAAAGGACAAUAACUCGUGAAAGCCUUUUCCAGCGGCUGCAGACCAACCCUGGCCAAACUCUAGCUCAGAUGGCACGGGACAUGAGACAAGCAGGAGGGCUACAGGUCACAAGAGGGACAGCUCAAGUAAUAGCCUAUCCUUCGAGCCUGCAGAGCAGAACCCAGGGCCGCAGAAUCACUGCAGCCUCUGGAAGGAGGAGGAAAACAGGCCAAACGCAGAUCAGGCAGCAGAUCAGGGAUUAG